GGUCCGCCCGCCCGCCCGCCCGCCCGGCCUGUGGACGCGGCGCCAUGGGGCCGAGCCUGCGCGCGCUGUGCGCUGCCGCCGGGGCCGCGUGGCGCCAGAGCUUCCCCCUGGGCGGCCGUGACGUGGCGCGCUGGUUCCCGGGACACAUGGCCAAGGGGUUGAAGAAGAUGCAGAGCAGCCUGAAGCUGGUGGACUGCAUCCUGGAGGUCCACGAUGCCCGGAUUCCCCUUUCUGGCCGAAACCCUCUAUUUCAGGAAACCCUUGGACUCAAGCCUCACCUGCUCAUCCUCAACAAAAUGGACUUGGCCGACCUUGGGGAACAGCAGAAAAUUCUGCAGCACUUAGAAGGACAGGGCGUGAGAAAUGUCAUCUUCACCAACUGUUUGAAGGACGAGAAUGUCCAGCAGGUCAUCCCGAGGGUCAUGGAGCUGGUCGGGAGCAGCUGCCGCUAUCACCGAGGUGAGAGCCUGGAGUACUGCCUCAUGGUCAUUGGCGUGCCCAACGUGGGCAAGUCCUCCCUCAUCAACUCCCUCCGGAGGCAGCACCUGAGGAGAGGGAAAGCCACCCGGGUGGGCGCUGAGCCUGGGAUCACCAGAGCCGUGUUGUCCCGGAUUCAGGUCUGUGAGCGGCCACCGAUGUUCCUGCUCGACACCCCUGGGGUGCUGGCCCCCCAGAUCGCCAGUGUGGAGACAGGCCUGAAGCUGGCCCUGUGCGGGACCGUGCUGGACCACCUGGUGGGGGAGGAGACGCUGGCCGACUACUUGCUCUUUACCCUCAACAGACACCAGCUCUUCGGGUACGUCCAGCACUACGGUUUGGACGAGGCCUCUGACGAUGUGGCCAGUGUACUAAAGCAGGUGGCCAUGCGGCUAGGGAAGACCCGGAAGGUGAAGGUGCUGACUGGCACAGGGGACGUGAGUGUCGUCCAGCCCAACUACACAGCUGCCGCCCGUGACUUCCUCCGUGCCUUUCGCUGUGGGCUGCUGGGUCCCAUGAUGCUGGAUCGGGACGUCCUCUAGCGCCUGUGUGGACGACAGACCUGUAUUGGGGACGGAGCCAGCCCAUGAGAUCUGACUGGGUCUACGGGGACUGACCUGGCCCUGGCCAGCAGCUGGGCCUCAUGCAGUGGCAUCCCAGGUCUCUGAGCCGACUAAGCCGGCCCUAACCCUCCGUAGCAUUCAUGUUCUAGGCAUGGGUUCUGGGAAGUGUCUGGCAUCGUAGCCUGACCACGGGGGCCGAGUCCGGAUGUCCUGUGGAGAUGGGCCCCCUUGUGCAGGGACCCCUGAAGCAGCCUUGCAGGCAGACGCCUGGUCUCUGACUUGACUUUAAUUAAAGGUCCAUGUCUGG